GCCUCUCUUCUCCAAUCCACUUUCCUCAACAAACAAUUUCAAACUUUCACUUUACACUUUACACUCUUUACUUCCCACCUUUUUCUCUUGAUUUCUUCAUAGUCUUUUUGUUGGUCAAUCCUAAAAAGUAUGAUGAAAACCUCAAAAAGGAGUAAACAGAAAGCAAGUCAAGAGAUUGAGGUCGCCAUUGAUUGGGAAGUAAGACCUGGUGGUAUGCUUGUACAGAAGAGAGUUGUCGGGUCGGAUCCUGGCUGUGUCACUGCCCCAAUCAUCAAAUUCAAAGUCUCUCAUGAAUCUUAUCAUCAUCAUAUAUCCUUACCCUCUCACUCAACUUUUGGUGAUCUCAAAAAGAUUCUUGCACGUGAGACGAAUUUAGAAGCCAAAGAUCAAAGACUAUUGUUUAGAGGGAAAGAGAAGGGGGAUGAUGAACAUCUAGACAUGGCUGGUGUAAAAGACAUGUCAAAGGUAAUCUUGUUAGAGGAUCCUGCAAGCAAGGAGAGAAAACUUGUUGACAAAAACAAGAAUCAUGGUAAUUUACAAGCAUAUGAUGCAGUCAUGAAAGUGAGAAAUGAGGUGGAUAAGCUCUCAGACAAGGUUGCGGGAUUGGAAACAUCAGCUAAAAAUGGGAUCAAGAUUGUGGAGAAGGAAGUUGAAGUUUUGACGGAGUUACUUAUGAAGGAAUUGCUUAAACUCGAUGGGAUUGAGGCCGAAGGAGAAGCAAAAACGCAGAGGAGAAUCGAGGUUCAUCGUGUUCAGAGGUUUGUGGACAUUCUUGAUAGUCUAAAGUUGAUAAAGAGUAAAAACCAUUCAGACAAAAGGGUUGCAGCUGUUACAAUAACAGAGAAAUGGGAAACUUUUGAGUCUGGAAUUGGAAGCCAUGUUCAUCAAACUUCAACGAAAAUAACAAAGGAUUGGGAGCAGUUUGAUUGA